UUUUUAGCAAAUGAAAUCAAAAUUUCAUAUGUCGAUGAUAGUGUAUGCCAGUUUUGCUUCCGAAAGUUGGGAUCCAGUGAAGAUCUCGACUUCGUGAGCAAACUAUCCAGCAAGAUUGACAAGUUACUUGAAGUAAGCUUGGAUCUUCAUGAAGAUGAUAAAAUUUUCAAAGUUCAAUAUGAAGAACUACACAUGUUUUCUAUAAGCGAAGGUAUUUUAAUUAA